CAGCUUGCAGUCACACAGCCGCGUCGUGGCGGGCGCCCACGUGGCGGCUGCACCAACCCUCAGGGAGGGGGUGGAGGUGGCGGUUGUGGGGGCAGCGGAGCCGGCGGCGGUGGUGGCGGGGUCGAGGGUGGCAGCAGUGGUGGUGGUGGAGGCAGUAGUGGCUCAUCUGGUAGCCGUGGCUCCCCUCCUUCCUCCAAAUCCUGCUCCUCCCCCUCCUCCUUCCUCAGGUGACAUUUACGACCCAGCUGUCCCUGACUCCCCUGCUCACUCUGCCUCAUCGCACCAGCACCAGCAGCAGCAGCAGCAGCAGCAGCAGCAGCAGCAGCAGCAGCAGCAGCAGCAGCAGCAGCAGCAGCAGCAGCAGCAGCAGAAGGAGCAGCAGCAGCAACAGCAGCAGCAGCAGGUGCAGCAGCAGCAGCGGAUGGAGCAGAAGGAGCAGCAGCAGCAGCAGCAGCAGCAGCAGCAGCAGCAGCAGCAGCAGCAGGAGGUGCAGCAGCGGAUGGAGCAGCAGCAGCAGCAGCAGCAGCAACCGCAGGCAGUGCAGCAACAGCAGCCGCAGCAGGAGGUGCAGCAGCAGCACCAGCACCAGCCACAGCAGCAGCAGCAGCAGCAGCAGCAGCAGCCACUGCAGCAACCUCAUCGGCAUCGCCGCACCACCUCUCC